AUGGAGGAGUCUGCGCCAAAGCGGAGGCGUACAUCGCCUCGCACUUCACUCGAGAUUGGAGGAACUCCGCCAUCGCCUGAACCCGCGUCGCCGCGACGGAGACGCCCAUCUUAUGCAUCACCAACAAAAGCUAGUCUUGCGCGUCAUAAUCCAGAAGUCUUGGAGAGGAGAAGGUCCAGAUCACCACAAAAAGCGCCAAAUCCGACAUUACCUUCCUUGGACUUUGGAGUUGAGCAGAGUCCCUCAGAGGUUCUUGCAGCGCGCUUGGCCGGGAGUCGAUUGGUGAGCGAUGCGCCGACACCAACGCGUCCUAAUGAAGUGACGCCAGGCUCGGGGAGGUCGCUGCGGCGUGUUGGAGGUAGUUUGGGUGCUCCCGCUCGGCGAACUCCUUCAAAGCUGAACCCGCGUCCAGUACCCGCGCCGGGGCCUGAAGACGAGGACUUUAACCCUUUCCGCGGCAAGAUGCUGCGGCGGUCACCGCCUGCUGGAAUACCCAUGCCGGCUGAUGAGCCCCCGGCUUCUAUGCCUGAGCCCGAGUUGCCGUCGAUUGAGGCUUCUUCACCUCCUCAGCCUCCAGUUUCAAUGCCUGAGCCUGAGUUUCCAUCAACAGAUGGUCCUUUUUCUGAACCUGAGGCUGGGACUCCUCGCUCGCCUGAAGAGCCUCCAGCGCCAGAAGCACCAACAGAACCCGAGAGUCCGCCUCCUGAUGAAUCCCACUCACCGUCCGAAUCUCCGCCUGGUCCUUUGCCUGAGCCUGAAUCUGAGAACGACUCCCCAAGCCAAUUUCUCGACCAAGCCUCUCCCUCACCUGAAGACGACUCCCCAAGUCGGGUCCUUGAGCAGGCAUCUUCCUCGCCCGAGCCCAUCCCAGCUUCAAUGCCCCAACCUGAGCUGCCAUCAAUGGUUCAGCCCGAUUCUCAAGAGGCAGGUCCAUCCGCGUCACAGCCUGUACCAAAAUUCGCACCAUCAGCACGCGAUGCUGCCCUGCGAAAAAGCUUUCGCAACAGUCCAAUUCGAUUCCGGGAGUUGUCUCAGCCCAGGGAUUCGCCUUUGGCAAAACCGCCAUCACGACUUCUGGACAAGCCGAGAAAGAGUUUCCAGCGAGCUGGAGCAUCUACUAGAAUCACAGAGCACAGGCCCCCCGUUGAGACGCAUGCACCGGAAACCAGGAAGCCCAAAGCUUUCGAUCCGGACUCGGCCAAAAAGGCAGAGAGGGAUGCUCUUCUGAAUGAGAUGGAAAAGCUCAAGAAAGAUUUAGAGACUGCACAAAAGGAGAAUGAGCGGAUUCGAGUGAUGCAACAAUCUGGUCGAGAGCUAGCCCCUUCGAACCAGGAAGCAGUUAUCGAUCUUAUUCAGCGCCAACAUCUUUCGGAAGCCGACAAGGACCAACCAGUGUCUCAACAACUCGUCCAGGCGGCAUUAAAUCCUACUGCUCUCCUGCCUUUCGGCAAAGCCAUGGUUCCUACGCCUUCAGUGCCUGUCGAGGAUAAGCAGGCCGAGAUCAAGUCACACCACCCUGUCGUCCUGACAGCCGAAGAGGAGUUGCCUUAUCUUGAACUGUUCACUCCGUUCUCAAUAUCAUCAAACAUCGCUGUCAUGCCCGUGGAAGCGGAUCAACCCCUCAAGCAGCUUCAUUCCAUCACCUUUCGAUCUCGCGAGAUACCUGGGGUUUUCACGGCACGGAUGGACAUGGUUGUUGGUGCGACUGACUUGACCAUCCUGGACCUCAACAUGAUAGCACUUGAGCCAGCCUCGAAGCCAGAAUUGGGUCCUUUUGUCGAAAAGAUCUGCAUCGGCGACUGCAAUCGAUCCAUGCAACAGAACGUUGGUAUCCUGUCCUGGGCUAUGGGCGAAUGGCUCCGUGUUGCCGUGGACAGGGCAGAGCUUUGGUGUCAACUGGAGAACAGCCUUGGCUCCAAGGAUGGCGUAUCAGAGUCUACGAGCCAGAUGCGUGCACGCAAGUCAAGACGGAGAAAGAGCGAUGAAGAGGAUGAGGACUCCGGGUUUACACACGUGGAGUCGGUGAACAAGGCAGACCUUAUCCGCUACAUGGGCCAGCAAUACUUUGACAUCUCAAUACCCCAGAACGACACUGAGGAUUCGGGCGUGGUGGUACGGCUGGAAUGGAAGACUGGGUUUGACUGGACGGGAGAGGCCGAAAGCAAGCUUGCGGUUCUGAUGGGCGUUCCAGGGAAAUGGCACCAGAUGGAUGAGCGAGGGUCUCUUGGAAAGAUCCCCAAGCUUUUCGGUGAGCUUGUUCAUGGCGGAGAGAAACCGGAAACGGCUAUACGGACCAUUGUGGCUUUGAUUGCGGGCGAACAGUCAUGA